AUGGUUACCAAGUUCUACCAGCAUGCCCUUGCCCUGGCCUUUGCUGUGAAGGAGAUCAAUGAGGAUCUCCAGAUCUUGCCUAAUGUUACUCUUGGAUUCCACAUCUACGACAGCUACUAUGAUGCAAAGAUGACUUAUCGGACCACUUUGGACCUGCUCUUCAAAUCAAAUAGCUUUCUUCUCAACUACAAAUGUACCAGACAGAAGAACCUGAUAGCCAUCCUUGGAGGCCUUGGUUCUGAUAUCUCUUUUUACAUGGCAGAUAUUCUUGGUCUCUACAAAAUUCCACAGCUCCAUCCCUAUCUUCAAAGGGUUUCCUUCAACAAUUCGGCUGGUGACACAGUGUCCUUCAAUGAUCAAAAGGAGAUGAGAGGUGGAUUUGACGUUGUGCACAUGGUCGUUUUUCCAAACAGGUCCUUUGAAAGAGUGAAAAUUGGAUGGAUUCAUCCAUAUGGACCCCAAGAAGAUGAAUUUGUCUUCCAUGAUGACAUGAUUUUGUGGCACAGAGCUUUCAAUCAGCUCACCUAUGGCGCAUUGGUCCCUGGGAAGACUGAUUCCACUCUGGUCCCUUCCUUCUAUUCUAUGGUCUCAAACGAAGCCCAGCAAUACUUGGGGAUUCUGAAAUUGCUUCAGCAUUUUGGAUGGACCUGGAUAGGGAUGUUCAUCCAUGACAAUGACAACGGGCAGAAGUUUCUGAAGACUAUGGAAGCUUUGCUUUUCCAGAAUGGAAUCUGCACGGCUUACAGGCAAAAAAUCCCACAGCGCAUCCAUUUGGAUAACUUUGAAGAGAUGGUUGAAAUAACCGCGUAUAUUGAUGUCCCUUUAAUGGACCGCAAAACCACGGUGUUUCUCCUCUAUGGAGAAUCAGUGACCCUGGCACAGCUAAGAACCAUUCUGUUCAUGCAAGACCCCGGGAAUAAAUUAAAAGAUUCAUUUAUGAAAGUAUGGGUCAUGACAAGUGGGAUUGAUUUCACACUACCCUUCUUGCAAAGGAGUUGGGACUUGGACUUUUUCCAGGGUGCCAUUUCCUUUAUGUUUCACUCAAGAGAACUUCCGGGGUUCAGUGAGUUUCUUGAGGGCAUAAAACCAUCCAAAACUAAAGAUCAGAGCUUCCUUAAAGAGUUUUGGGAGCGAGCAUUUGACUGUAGUUUUCCAGUUCCUGGUAAGGAAAUAGAGAAGAAUGAAAUGUGUACCGGGAAAGAGAGAUUACAAGAUCUCCCUAGGCCUUUGUUUGAGAUGGGAACCACGACCCAUAGCUACAGUAUCUAUAAUGGGGUUCAUGCAGCAGCACAUGCUUUGAAUGCCAUGUUGUCAUCUCAGUCCCGUCAGAGAGUCUUCAGGAAGGUUAAAACAUUUGAACUUUUUGAGCUGCAACCUUGGCAGGUCUGUCCCCUUUCUGUAUGUAAUGAACAAUGCCAUCCUGGAAAACAAAAGAAAAAGAAGGAAGGGGAAAAAUUUUGUUGCUAUGACUGCGUUCCUUGCCCAGAAGGAGAGAUUUCAAACAAAACAGAUAUGGAAAAAUGCUUCAAAUGUCCAGAAGACCAAUACCCAACCAAAGGAAAAGAUGACUGUAUCCACAAAACUGUAACAUAUCUUUCUUACAAGGAAGUUCUAGGGAUUAUUUUAGCCUCCAUUUCUAUUUCAUUGUCUUUGAUCACUGCUCAUAUAUUAGGCAUAUUUCUUAAGUACAGAGAUACCCCUCUGGUCAAAGCUAAUAAUCGGGACCUCACCUACAUUCUCCUUAUCUCCCUCUACUUCUGCUUCCUGUGUCCUCUCUUAUUUAUUGGUCAACCCAGUAAAGUCACUUGCCUUCUCCGACAACCAAUCUUUGGAAUCAACUUCUCUGUGGCUCUUUCUUGUAUCUUGGCCAAAACCCUCACUGUGGUUGUGGCCUUCAUGGCUACCAGGCCAGGCUCCAACAUGAAGAAGUGGGUGGGAAAAAGGAUGGCGACCUCCAUUGUCCUUUUCUUCUCGCUCAUCCAAGUUGGACUUUGUACCAUCUGGCUAGGAACUUUCCCCCCAUUCCCACAGUUGAACGUGCAUUCUGUGACUGAGGCCAUCAUCAAUGAAUGUAAUGAAGGCUCUCCGGUGAUGUUCUCCUGUGUCCUAGGUUACAUGGGCUUCUUGUCCCUUGCCAGCUUCUUUGUGGCCUUCUGUGCUCGCAGAUUACCAGACAGCUUCAAUGAAGCCAAAUUCAUUACCUUUAGCAUGCUGGUAUUUUGCAGUGUUUGGUUGCUAUUUGUUCCUACUUACCUGAGCUCCACUGGAAAAGCCUUGUUGGCUGUGGAGAUCUUCUCCAUCUUAGCUUCCAGUGCUGGAUUACUGGGAUGUAUCUUUUUCCCUAAAUGCUACAUCAUUCUGCUGAGACCUGAGCUGAACACCAAGGAUCAGCUAAUAAGAAGAAAGGAUUAA